AAAACCUGUCCAAGGCAGCACAUGUCAAGACAGGAAUUGGGAGACGCUCUGGACUUACUUACUUGCAGGAUUAUGCCAAGAGGUGACGUUUUGUUUUAUACAGCAUUAUAUUUUUGAAAGGACCUGUCUAUUACUUGACGGCUCACUUACUGUACAAGGUCUGCUCGUGGGUCAUGGAGGGAGAACCAGAGGAUUUUGACGAGGACGUUAAGGAAGAACGCAAGACAACCUUAUUGUGGGAAAAGUGCAUCCAGCAGAGAAUCGUGGUGGAUCUGAGUGAGGAUGAAAGUCUCCACCUCAGUGAUCUGCGGGCUUCUUCUUUAGCUUUGCAUCUGUCGCCGGACGAGUCUGCCGUAUCAGAGGCCGGCAUCCAUUUCAGUGAUGACAUCGCCUCAGAUGCCAUAAUUGUAAGGAGUGAGAUGGAGCUCCCAAUGAAGAGCAGCAUUUUGCAGAAGGAGGAGCUUCUAAACCAGCCAUAUGAGGACCCUGGGCAAAAUACUAGUGAUGAGGAUCAGGAGGACCUCCCUUACGAUGGCAAUUUUGGCAGUCCUUACUUCUCCUGCAUAGAUAGUGCUCGAAGAAACGUGACCUCCGAUCAAAGACAAAUGUCAACAAAAAAUCAGUCUUCUGAUGGAUCUCAUGUGGAGAAAGAAGAAGAAGAAGAUAAACAGAAUGAAGAGGUAGCCCCACCAAGCACUCAUCCUCCAGUUGACAUUAACAAGUUGAUGCUGCGACAUUUCUCCCGGGAAGAGUUGUUGCAGACUGGAAGGCUGAUUGAAGCCGAGACCCUUCCAGAGGUCUCCCUGCUGGAGAGUGCAGACGAGCUUCCCCGUAGCACAUCGACACACGACAACACGACGGCUCUGAGCAGCAUUUCUGAGAGGCCUUCUGUCAAAAGUUUUUACAGUGACGGCAAUGAACAAAGAGAACGUUUGGAGGAGGACAACACAGCGUCCAGUCGAGAUGAGAGUGACGUGACACCAUCUAAGUAUGAAGAGUGUGAAGCUCCCAUCAGGAAAAUGUCACAUUUGCGCAGCAGGUCCUUCGGUGAGCUAAAGUACGGCCAGGGUCAAGUCCAUUAUCCUCUCCCUGACUUCUCCAAGGUUGCCCCUAAGGUCAAAAUCCCAAAGAUUCCCAGUGGUCCAGUCAGAUUCGUUCCUCAAGUCCCCAGUCCCAUGAUCCGAGCCCAGUCCUCCCCAGGAAUCUUAGACGUGAUCAGCAGGGUCCUGGAGGAUUCAGACCUUCUGCCUUCAGAGAAGCCUCAAGUUCUCAAAGACACGAAUGAGCAGACCAGUCCUUCUUUGGUGCAUCACCUACAGGCUGAAUAUGAUAAACUACUGACCAAAUAUGCCAGGGCUGAGAAUCUCAUAGAUAAAAUUAGGUUAGGAACCAAUGUUUCCUCAGACAUUUGCGUCAAAGAUGACCUAGGAAACUCCAGUGAGGGUAGCCAUGUUGGACCUGUAGCUCCGCACAUUCCAACAUCGGGUAACAUUGUUGAAAAAGUAAAAACAACUAACCAGGAUGAGAUGGAGUCCAACAAUAAGUCUCAUCAAGAAUGUACCAAUGAGGCUGAAAAAAUGACUGCUGAGCUGAGAGCUGUCAUUAGCCAGUUCAUGCAGAUGGUGGAUGACUUCAAGCAGAGUGUAAACAAUAUGUCGGUUAGCACAGAAGAACAACAAAUGAUGCUGAGGAGCUUGAUGGAAGCUCAGGACCAGUUGGAAAGAAAAUACAUGAGCAAGAAGGAAGAGCACCGAACUCUGGAGAUGCAGAAUUAUUUGGGCCUGUGCAACAACAUCGGACCUUUUGACCCAAACAGGCUGCUGGAAGGAGAUCUAUUCAGAGUGGGUAUGCACCUGGAGGAUAUUAAGGAGAUGAUCGACAAAAACACGCGUGAGCAGAUCGUCCCGCCUCUCUUAUCAUCUACUCCCAAAGAAAAAACUAACAACCUGACAGUGAAGGCCUCACCUCCACCAUCACUACAUGAGGGGUCAAGUGUAUGUCUGACCACUGAAUGUUUUAGAACGGAAACAAAGACUGAGGUACAAAAGGAGGACGAGGAUGAGACCAGUAGAAAUGAUGGAUUGGAGGAAAGGAGUGAGCUCAUCAUCAAUGACUCAAGGCAAGUCAGUAACAGGUUUUCUGUUUGCUCGGGGGUCUCUGCGGAGGGACUUCUAGAUGCUAAGGAUGAGGAGAACUGUGACAAAAAGAGAGAAUCUGCCUUGUUGGAAGGGAGCGCUAGCAAUGACACUUGGGAUGGAAUCAGUGGGAAAGGGACUCAGGGAAGUGGCACUCAAAAUAGCGUUCUAAACCGAGAAUGUGACCUCGGUGAUGGUGUCAGCCUGGCUGUGGAGGUCUCCUCUUCCUCUGAUGCACGCUCAUCACUUUCGCAGGGGAUUGUUUGCAGAGAGACAGACAGUGGAUUUGGGAGCUCCUACUUGAAUCAGUCCUGUGGAAUAUUGCAGCCUAAUCCUCCAACAGAAAGAGUGCACAGUGAUGGAUUUAGUUCUUUGGACAGUGAAGGCUCUUCACUCAAUCUCCAGACAACCAUCCAUCCAACGGACGUCCAAACGCAGCCUGCAGGCUCAGCAGCUACAGUGGAACUGUGGGUGCAAAAUACAACUCAAGAGUCUUCUCUGAAGCUGCAGGGCCCUGAUGUAAAGAAUCACUACACCUCUGAACCUAUCCUGAGUGCUGCAAUGGAUGUAGAACAGAGAGAACGCCACCUGUGCUCUUGUAAUAGUGAGGCUAUCCUGGCCUUGCAGGUAGAGGUGUCCAGGCUGAAGAAGGACCUGGAAGAAGGUCUGGUCCAGUUGCCUCACCUGGCAAGGAAGAUGGAUAACCUAGCCUCCAAAUACAGUCAAGAUCGUCAGGAGCGUAGGCCCAAGACCAAAGCCAGGACCCACCCUAAGACAAUCAGCAUGUGGAAGUCAACAGGCAGCAGACAGAUACUGAGCAAUCUUGCCUCUAGUCAGUUGAGACUAGAAGACUGGAUUUCAACAGAUAUGGACCCCAGCAAGAGUACAGACAGUGGAGGCGCAGAGACGAUGUUGCAGUUUGUGGGAGGCAAGAGAGUCAUCAGGAAACAGGAGACACAGCUAGGCAACCAAGAGGCCAUCAUGGAGAGACUUUACUCCAACAACAGGCGGUCUCUUCUCUCACCUCAGUCCACCAAAAAGUCCCUGCUCCAGGUCAGCUAUGGCUCCUCCUGCAGUCUACCUGCAAGCUACAAAGUGAAGGAACCUCCACCGCACGUGACCAAUCACCGGAAGUGUUCCACCCAGUCAGACACAGCGUUGCUGCCCAGCAAUGUGUACUUUCAGCACACUCUGUCCCCUGUAUUUCAAAGGUCUAGCAGCAGGACAGGAAGCAAGAAGGAGGAGAUGAACUGGUCUUUGGACCAGGCCAUUGAGGCCGCCCGCAGCAUGAAGAGGAUAACGGACCGCAUGGCCAAGAGACUGAUGGCCGACCUGGCCAAAACUCCACUUCUCCCGCAGGGGAAUUUACCACAUUCUGCCACGAGGGCCCAAGAAACAUCGAAUGGCUUCAUGCAAAGGGAACAUAGGAUCACAAGAGACAGUUUCUUUAACUAGUAUGUAAAGGUGUGCUUGGAUGAGUUUGGUGUUGAACACCUUAGGGAUGAACUGGUUGCCUGGAGAUCGGGAGCCAUGUUAUGUCAAUGCCUUCUGACCUCAAUAAAAUUCACACAGACACACAGACUCCAAAAUAUUGUUGGAGGUCCUCCCGGGAUAUUGGAAGCAGUUAUAUUUGCUGUAUUUUCUUCAUAUUUUACUUUCUGUAGUUGUAAUGGGCAGGUGUCCCAAUUUUGAAUAUUUUGUAUGUACUGUAUCAUCAACAGCGCAACAUUAACAACACAUUAUAAAUAAUGAUUUACAAUCAGCUAUUAUAAUUAAGUAACAGUAUCACCGCUAA